AGGAUAUUCGCAUUUAUUACGAGUGUUGUAUACGGCAACUUAGAACGACGCGAGGAUUAUAGAGGCUGCCCGAAGCGGCCACGAAGUAUACAGGACAUAUCCCGUUAGGUAUCUUAUGACGAUAGCGAUGACGGUGAUGCUUCUAUAUAAAUCCUCGAACAACUGCAAGUAAAACCAUCCUCGAUCUAAUAUUCCGCAAUUAGGCUGAUCGUUUCUAUUUCUCUUUUCUUUUCUCGAAAUUUGGCCGCAAUGUCUACCAACAACCUUCCUCUUCGCCAGCACUACGACGUUGUGAUUGUCGGCGGUGCCACCAGUGGCUCCUCCAUCGCCUGGCAUCUGGCCACAAAUCCAAACUUCAAGGGAUCAGUGCUCGUUGUUGAACGGGAUCCUUCGCUAGAGUACUCUGCCACCAAGGCCAGCAACAACUGCAUGCGCCAGCAAUUUGCAACCGCCAUCAAUGUUCAGAUUGCGCAAUACGCUGCCGAGUUCGUCAAGCGUUUCGGCAAAGAGUUUCCUCCAGAUCCCCGCGACGUACCCUUUAUCCCUUCCAUUCGCAGCUUCGGAUACCUCUACUUAUCUGAUUCGUCCCAGUUCACGGACGUACUGAAGAGAGACCAGGAGCUGCAGACUAGUUUGGGAGCCGGCACCCAGAUCAUUUCAAGAGCGGAAGUCCAGCAAGUGUACCCCUUUAUGUACGUCGACGACCUUGACAGUGCGAGUCUGAAUCUUGUCGAUGAGGGAGCAUUCAAUGCCUGGGGUAUGGUGCAGUGGCUGCGUCGCACCGCCCAGGAUAACGGCGUGGAGUACAUCGCGAAUGAAGUCGUCGGUGCCGACUUAGAGGACACGGGUACGCGCGUGCGAAGCAUCAAACUACGAACUGGAGAGCAUAUCAGUGUUGGCACCUUGGUCAAUGCUGCAGGAACCCGCGCUGCUGCGGUCUCAGAGAUGGUGGGCAUUCCCAGUCUGCCAAUCGAAGCUCGGCGGCGUUAUACCUACAUCUUCUCGGUCGAUGAGAGCCUGACCCAGGAUCUUCCCCUAACCAUCGAUCCAUCGGGCGUCCAUCUCCGCUCCUACGGCGCCAAAGACUACCUCGUCGGCUGCCCUCCCAUCGGCCCCGACACUGCGGUUGAUGCAGAUGAUUUCAGCUUCGCAGAGAACGUAUGGGAGGAGAAGAUGCUCCCGGUUAUUACUCGCAGGGUUCCUCAGUUUAGCACAGCCCGUGUGACGGAUGCGUGGAUGGGCCAUUACGAGUUCAAUACGUUCGACCAUAAUGCCAUUGUGGGACCACACAGUCAAGUCCGCAACUUUCUUUUCUGUGUGGGCUUUUCUGGGCAUGGUAGUCAGCAGGCACCGGCUUGUGGGCGUGGUGUUGCGGAGUUGAUUGUCUACGGACACUUCCGGACUCUGGAUCUCAGUGUGCUUUCGUUCAAGCGAAUCAUCGAAAAUCGGCCCCUGACAGAGCGAGCAGUAAUUUAGAGCCAUCGUGUGAGCUAGCUUAGCCUUAUCUCGUACUUACAAGAGC